AUGAAAAAACCCCAUUCAAUAGGAGAAACUUUAGUACUACCAGCAGCUAUUGACAUAAUAGCUACGAUGUUUGGUGAAUCAUAUGCUGAUCAAAUUAAAAGCAUUCCGCUGGCAGAUAAUACGGUGGGAAGACGAAUAUCAGAUAUAUCUGAUGAUCUUUGCGAUCAGUUGAUAGAAAAAAUUAAAUUAUCUUCUUUCGCGUUGCAAGUAGAUGAGGCUACCGAUGUUGCUAAUGAUGCACACUUAAUAACAUAUAUAAGAUAUGUUAUGGAAAAUGAUAUUAGAGAAGAGUUGUUAUUCUGUAAGGCAAUUGAAGGCAAAGCUACGGCGAGUGAAAUUUUUAAUAUGAUUGAUAACUUUUUUAUUGAAAAUGGUAUUUUAUGGGAGAACUGUGUUGGACUGUGCACUGAUGGAGCUCCAUCUAUGGCAGGAAAAAAUGCUGGUCUGCAGGCCCUAGUUCGAAAAGUGGCUCCUCGUGCAGUUUGGACGCAUUGUAUGAUUCAUAGGCAAUCUCUUGUUGCAAGAAAUAUGGGUGAAGAAUUACUUGAAGUAUUUGAAAUUAUAAUAAAAGUUGUUAAUUUUAUCAAAAAUAGUCCAUUAAGAGAAAGGCUUUUUGGAAAAUUGUGUGAUGACAUGGGCUCAGAAUACAAAGCACUACUUUAUUAUUGUGAAGCACGUUGGCUUUCUCGUGCUAAAGUACUUCAAAGGGACAAGAUUACGGCGUUUAUGAAAAAAAUAGAUCUGUGGAUAGCUAGUAUGAAAAGUAAUAACUUUGAUAUGUUUCCUUCUUUUAAAACUACAUGUGUUACUGAUGAUGAAAUAGAAGCAAGUAAAGAUCUUAUUAUCAAUCAUAUGACUAGUUUAAGGAACCAAUUUGCGCAUUACUUCAAAGAUCUAGAUAUGUCCAAAUACGAAUGGAUUAGAAAUCCAUUUGUUAUUGAUAAAUAUGAUGAUUUUGGACUUCCAACGGCAGAGCAGGAAAUGUUAAUUGAUUUAUCUAUUAUAGCACAUUGA